UUUGGCAAGUAGUGUAAUUGGCCAGAUCUUCCUCUGAUGUAAGUCUGUGUAAUUGCGCUGAAGUCUGUAACCCUCACUUGGCAUAAUGAGAAAUGGCUCCCUUGUGGGAAAAUUAUGUCUUGGUGAUAUUGUCUCUUCAAAAAAAACCAACUCAAACCACAAAACGUACUUAAACAUGCUUUGGAAACAUGAACUAGAUGGCCUCCUGAGGUCCCUUCCAACCUGAGUGGUUCUGUGUCUCUAUGCUGCUGCUGUUUGUUCAUACGGUGUUUUGCAGAAUGGAGUCCCAGUUCCUAACUGAAGCCGCAGCGUGCAGGGCAGUGAUACAGCCUGCUGAGCUGGGGGUGGUUGAAGUAGAGCGAAACACAGCCACAAGGUCGAGUGGUGUGUUACAGCGUAGGGUGUGCUGCUGUCAGCCUGGGUUAUUGAAACAGCCUCAGCCCUCUUUUCCUCUCUGUGGCAACCCCAAAUCUGCCUGAGCACUACUAUCAUGCUACAGAUUGCACGAAAAUAGCCACUGGUAAACCCCGAAGGCUGUUUUUCAUUGUAUUUAGUGCUUUUUUUACACAUAUCACAAAGAUUUUUGUGCAACCUCUCAUUUAUAUUUGUUGAUAUUUUUUUAUCUUAAAUUGUGUAACGAUUCUAACUACUACUACCGUUUCUUCUCCACAGGUGGAGAAGCUGAGGCACUAAUGCCUAAGAUCUACAUUUUCUUGCUUGCUUGACUUGCAAAGCAGCAGCCCACUUCUGCAAGACUUCUCCCAACACUGAAAUCUAACGAAACAGUGUUAGUGUGUUUUGGUACUGGAAUGAUGACUACUCUAGAAGCUGUCAAGAAGCAGCAAAAUUAUACUAGUGUACAUGAGGCAGUGAGAGCUGGUGAUGUAGAACGGCUUGCGUCAAUGAUAAAAAGUGGAGCCAGUAUUAAUGAGGUGGAUUUAGUCCACAAAUUCACACCGUUACACUGUGCUGCACACUCUGGAAGUCUGGAGUGCCUUCACUGGUUGCUCUGGCACGGAGCUGAUACAGCACGUGUGGCUGCCAGAGGCUGGACAGCAGCUCACCUUGCAGCUAUUCGAGGCCAGGACGCUUGCAUGCAGGCUUUGCUAAUAAAUGGAGCAAAUGCAGAAGCUCAAGAUGAUCGUGGGUGCGCUCCAUCCCACUUAGCUGCAGCCCAUGGGCAGUCUUACACCUUGCAAACCAUACUGCAAAGUGGAGCGAAUGUAAAUGUCUCGGACAGAAAUGACUGGAAGCCUGUUCAUUAUGCUGCUUUUCAUGGUCGCUUGGGGUGUUUGCAGCUUCUUGUUCGGUGGGGAGCGUGCAUAGAUGACGUGGAUAACAAUGGAAACCUUCCAGCUCAUCUGGCAGCAGUGGAAGGACACCUGCAUUGCUUUAAGUUCUUGGUCAGUAAAAUGGCCAGUGUCAUGCAUACACUGAAAGCCAGGAAUGACCAAGGAGAGACUCCAAGGGACUUGGCUCAGCGGUUCUAUAAAGAUAAUAUUCUGCAGUAUAUUGACAGUGUGGAAAAAGAGGGGGAGCAUCCAGAGACACAGGAAGUUUUAGCUUUCCCGGCUCAUGGUGCUGCUUUCAAAGGGGACUUGUUAGUGCUUAGAAGAUUAGUGAGGAGUGGAGUAAUCAAUAUUAAUGAGCGGGACGAUAAGGGAUCCACUCUCAUGCACAAAGCUGCUGAACAGGGGCAUAUCCAUUGCUUACAGUGGUUGAUUGAAAUGGGAGCUGACUGUGACAUCACGAAUGAUGCUGGAGAGACUCCAAAGGAUGUAGCCAAGAGAUUUGCCCAGCUGGCAGCUGUGGAACUUUUGACACAAAGAACUGGAGAGAGUGACUCUAGUGAUGAAGAACUAGAUGCAAACAACAUAAAGUUUUUUGAAAAACAUGGUGUGGAAGGGAGUACAGAUAGCAAAGAAGAUUUAAUCCUGGAUAAAGCAGAGAAAAGGAACGCACGCAUAAGGGCCUAUCGCAAGAUUCAAGAACUUCAGCAACUUCUAGAAAUUGCCUACAGCAACUACAGGCAGCUGGGAGGAAUAACUGAAGAGGAGAAGAAGAUGAAAAAGGAAGAAAGGGAAGUUGAGAAGGCUGUGAGGCAGCUGGAGGCCCAGCUGGAAUACGAGCGAGUCAGGCGGGAGAAGCUGGAGAGCCAGCUGGAUGACUGCCGUGCUGAGAUAAGCCACCUUAGGCAGAGCCUGGAGAAGACCCACGCCCCCCCUGCUCUCCCCCUGGUGAGUGCUACACGGACUCCCCCAGUGCGUGGGGCAGAGGCUACUGCCUGUUGCUUGUGCGUGCUUGUUCUCACCAAGCUUCCCAGGCAUGGUGCUAGGAACUGCUGGAGUAAAUGUGCUUGCAGCUUUCAGCUUGGGACGCUGAAGCAAGCAGUAGCCUUUGUCGCAGCCUGACAGUGUCCCUGCUGUGAAAAGAUGUCGGUUUCUCUUUGUACCCUGGC